AUGUCUAUGGCUAGUAUGGGGUUGAGGUUACGAGUCUACAUAUUUGGCUUCUGCGAUGCGGUUCACGACCACGGAUACUCGCCUUCGUUUACAAAGCACGACACCUUGCAAAUUGACGGAACAUCCACAUUUUGCUCUACGUAUCUGGUGCCUGUCCGACCUCAAUUCAGCUCGACUGAGCCACAACUUCUCGGAAAGGCCAUCACCUUCUCCGGUCAUGGAAUAUCUCAUUCUGUGCCGGAUCUGCCUCUGCGGCCGGGGCUCGGAGGUCUCCAAAGCCAGGCUUCCAUUGGGACUGAUGUCACUGAUUUUGUCAAUCCACGCUCCCGCCCCAUCCUUUUCGAGGCUUCCCGGAGGGCUCUUCUCAGCGCAGAGGUGAAUAUCUUGCCAAACUCGAUGGUUGAGAAACAAUCACCGGAAUCUGCUUGGUCGUUUUCUCUGGGAUCCACUCCGAGUGAUGCAGGCUCCUCUGUUCAAGUCCAUGCGGACAAUGGAAGUACCAGCCUUAAACGUCCACAUGAUGGGGCGCUCACAGACAUCGAACCCCUAGCAAAAAGAGACAGGCUUAUCGAAGAAUUAGAACAGAUGGCACCCACUGGGAGUAAAGCAGCCAUUGAAUCCUUACCUACCAGACAAAAAGAGAUCAAUGUGCACGGCGAUCCGGUAGCUUUCACUCUCCUCAAGGCGUCGGUACCUCAGCUGGUCGAGUGGGGGUGCAUCGAUGUCUCGAUCACGCAGAAAGCGGAGGAACAGCUACAACAACGGCAGUAG